AUGUCCACUGCUCGUGCUAUUCGUCAGGUCUUCCUUGCCGUUGAGCAGGCCGAGGGUGCAGGUGCACGCGUCCGCCGCUCAAUCGGUACCGCCAAACUGCGCAAUUUCAGCCCAUUCCUGAUGCUCGACCACUUCACCAUUGGCAAGGGCGCUGGUUUCCCAGACCACCCUCAUCGCGGCCAAGAGACCAUCACCUACUUGCUCUCCGGCGGUGUAGACCACGAAGAUUUUGCAGGCAACAAGGGCACCAUUGGCCCCGGUGAUUUGCAGUUCAUGACCGCCGGUCGUGGUAUCAUGCACGCCGAGAUGCCCCACGAGAAUGAAGACGGCAGCCCCAACGUCGGUAUGCAGCUGUGGGUGGAUCUGCCCCAGAAGCUGAAGAUGUGCGAGCCGCGCUACCGUGACCUUCGUGCUACCGAAAUUCCCAUCGCCAAGGUUGAUGAUGGUCGUGUCACCGUUAAGGUCAUCUCCGGCCAGUCGCAUGGUGUCGACUCCGUCCGUGACUUGGCCUACACCCCGGUUUGGAUUUUUGAUAUCACUAUUAAACCCGGUGGCCGUAUAUCGCAGGCCCUGCCGCAGGGUUGGAAUGCUUUCGCUUAUACCCUCUCGGGUGACACGAUUUUUGGCUCAAAUGACUCUUCUCGCGUUGUCAAGGAGUUCCACAAUGUUGUCUUUGAGCAGGCCGGAGACCUGGUCGAGGCAUCCGUUCCGGACACUGCAGACUCCGAGGCUCGUUUCAUGAUCGUUGCAGGUCAGCCUCUGGACCAGAAGGUCGUCCAGUACGGCCCAUUCGUGCUGAACAGCCAAGAAGAGGUCUAUCAAGCCAUGCUCGACUACCAAACAGCGUCGAAUGGGUUCGAGAGAACUCGUGGAUGGGAAAGUGAGAUUGGCAAGCGCAUGGGCUACUAA